UUAGAAAUAGUCAACACCACUGUAAUAGUAAUUCAGUUGAACUGCGUCAGUACGAGUAUUCACAUCGACAGCAAUCAAUUUGGUGUUUAGUUACUUGGAGAAAGCCCAAAAGAGAUACGAAAAAGAGAAAAGCAAUGAUGUACGAAUGAAAGUGAUGGGAACAACAGAGCAAAACACUGCAGCCGUUUGCAUUAAAGAACCGUCUCUACCAUUGACAGUGCCCGAAUUUUUUGCGGAGCUAGGUGAAUUGGUGCGAGAGGAAUUUAAGCGUGUUAAAUUGAUGAAGGGCGUUGAACGGCUCAUACGUCAUUUUCAUGAAAAUAACAUUAAAUUUUGUGUGGCCACCAGUGGUGGAAAAGAAGCGACCGAGUUGAAAAUCAGCGGUUAUCCCGAUCUGUUUUUUUCUCUGUUUUCCAUAACAAUUGUUUGAGAUAUGAAUAAAUUUGAUGCGAAAUCAAAAAAAUGAUAAAUACAACAAUAUCCUUUGUUCGCCAGCGAAUGAUAUUAUUUAGAAAUGAAUGUUGAAAUUUUCAUUCGUGCGAGUUUCAUUUGAAUUGCUGAAUUUGAUACCAACUUUGAACAAUGCAAUUUGUUGAGUCUUUUACAGUGCCAAUCAUGACUGUCACAUGUGACAUUUGAGCUGUCAGAGGUUUGUUUAUAUAAAUAUAAAAAAAUCAUUUAAUUUUUUUCGCGUGUAUCGGUAUGCAAACACACGUGUUCUAAUCUGAAUCGUUGAAGUUACAUAAAUUUCUAGCAACGUAAAUAGCAACUGUCAUAAUCAAAAUGUAUCGAAUCAUACGAUCAAUACUAGCUGCCCCAAAGUGCAAUUUAAUAGUUGAUAUUGCGGUGAGAAAAUCAUCGUCGCGUCCAUUAUUUAAACCUGUAACACACUGCCUCUUUGAUAUGGACGGUUUGCUAUUGGACACCGAGUAUAUUUAUGAAGAUUCGGUGCGUGAAAUUUGUCGUUCAUUUGGAAAAGAUUAUCCAUGGGAUGUAAGAAUGAAAGUGAUGGGCACACAAGCGGCUCGUUCCGCUCAAAUUGUCAUCGAAGAUGUGGCAUUGCCCAUUUCGGUCGCUGAGUUUCUGAAGAUACAAGGUGAUUAUGUACGAACAAAAUUCACCGAAAUAGAUUUAAUGAAAGGCGCUGAACGACUUAUUCGUCAUUUGCACGAAACACAAGUGCCGUUUUGCUUGGCGACGAGCUCGGGUCAAGAAAUGGCGGCGUUAGAAAUGUCGAACUAUCCCGAAUUGUUCGACUUGUUUUUGCACAAGGUAAUGGGUUCUACGGAUCGAGAAGUCAAACAUGGUAAACCAGCACCAGAUAUUUUCCUCGUUGCGGCUAGCCGUUUCAAAGACAAACCACAUCCAAGCAAAUGUUUGGUCUUCGAAGACUCUCCAAACGGAGUGCGAGCCGGCAUAUCGGCAGGAAUGCAAGCUGUGAUGGUAGUACCAGAUCCAAAACUAGUAACACCGGAACAACAAAAUGAAGCAACCAUCGUAUUGGAGUCUUUGGAACAAUUUAAACCAGAAUUGUUUGGCCUGCCAAAAUUCAAAGAUUAAUGUUAUUUCAAAAGAUCUAGUGACCAUUGUUUUAAUUGAAAAAUAUAAAUGAUGUCAUUGAAAAAUGACAUGAAUGAAUUGUGUGUUUGUCGUUCAAAGUGUUUAAUAUAACGACAUUGGUCUCUUAGUUUAUUGAAAGAAGUAUAGCCAUGGCCCCGGAAG